GCCCAGGGACCUGGGGCUAGGUACCUACGGCCAUUUGAGCCCCACUUUGAAUGCCAGCUUGAGUCGGAGUUUGUGCACGAGCCAAAGGAUCCAACCUUACCUAGCUUUGAGCCGCACACCCCCAUCCCGAUAAUCCAUCUCAGCUGCCGACAACAGCUUUGACCCACUGGGGAAGCUCAACUUCAUCAUACGUACCUGGUCCAGCUCUCGGCCGGUGCCCGCAGCGACUGACUCGAGACACUCCCGUCUCCAUCCACAACCUCCUCCACCGAACAUCCACCAUGUACCCUUCAAGAUUGCGGGUAGCCCAACAGCUGUCGCGCCAAUGCGCGCGCUCGUUCACCACUUCUGGCCAUCAAUUGUAUUCGUCAUCGACCGUUCCGGCGCCUGAGAAGAGUGAACAGAAGACUGUCGAAGUUACGCCGACAGGACCGGCCGCCGUCGUGAAGCAGGCUCCCAACCGCGCGGAGGUCUGGUCCCGGAGUCAGAAGCCCCGCUCCGAGGCUAUGACCGGCCCCCGUUUCGAGCAGACUAACUUUGAUCUCCAGCCUCAACCAUGGGCCGCCAUAGAGCUUAUCCACAAGCAGCCUGUCAAGUGGGUGCAUGAGCGUAUCGUGGCAUGCGAUGGCGGUGGUGGCCCUGCUGGUCACCCCAAGAUUUACAUCAACACCGACAAGCCUGAGAUUGCCACCUGCAACUACUGUGGACUUCCUUUCGCAAAUGAACACAACCGUAAACACCUCGAGUCCCUCCCCCAGACCUCCUACCCCCUUCAGUAAAGGAGAGCGAACCAGCCGCAGUCUGAAUGACGUCGAGUGUGAAAAUGUACCACGGUACCAGUCCGUGAUGAAGGUCAAACAGGGACCUGUACAUAUAGAACUGAAUAAUGAUGGAAUGGAAUUUUAAUCGCUUCAAGGGGCACAAAGUAAGCCCGUACUGAUUCGAUUUGCUAUACAGCUACAAUGCAAUCUCAUGAGCCGGUACGCACAUUCUGUCAAUUUGUCAAGGACGUUCGAUUAUCGGCCUGAUAUACAACCUCGCCAGCGAACAUGGACACCCCCGUCGGAACACGCACACACUGUCCCUGCAACAUAUCCACAACGACUGUAUUCUCCCGCCUAUCUGUAUCGUGCCGGAGCUGAAGCUGUUUGAACGUUUGAAGAGCAGCUGAGGUUUGGAAAACAGCCAAAGGGACGAGAAGAGAGAUGCCGUCACAAACUUGUACAACGUCCAUUCCGCUGUGGCUCCAACUGACUUUCACCCCCCAAAAACCCUUAACUCCCCGGUUCGUCCUGAAUUACUGAACUCUAACCUUCAAACGCUGUAUGGUAUGAAUAGCCUACACAAG